UUGCUACUCGCCGCUCUUUUCGAUUUUAGUCCAGCAAGAGGCCACCUGAACGAUUGGAACACGGUAGGUGGUCUGUCCGCGGGAGGCUGCGGUAGAACGCGACUUCUAUUACGAAAUCGACAAGGGUUUAGGCUACAUCUUGAAGAAUAUCUAACAAUUAUCGAGAGAAUUGCGGGUGACAGUUUUUCUUGGACAAUUUUUGCGACGAAUAAAAUAAUACGGUUGAAAAGUGCGGAAACUGAGGGAUACAUGAGGACGUUUCAGUGUAUUUUUGCAUGGUGUUUCUUGGGAGAUAUGUAGACCGUAAUGGUAACAUAGUUUGAACAAUUGUGACGGUUAAAUCUGUGGACGAGUAUUUGAAGUAUGCAAUUGCGCGAUACAAUCGAAGAGAGUGUAAAAAAAUACUCAAUUAAGAAUUGUAGACAAUAAGUAUGACAGUUUUACGACAAUCAUCGUAAUAAAUAAAUCUGAGGAGAGAACACGAUAUAAGAAUUGAAAGAAUUGUGCAAUCGCAAGGUGCAAUUUGCGAAUCGCAAAGCGGCAUCUUAAAAAAUGUGAGGAUGAUAAAAUUACGAUUGUGUCAAAGUUCAAUUAUUCUCGUACAAUUUCGGAAAAUACGGCACAUUGGGAUAAAUGGAUGAAGCGAGAUUUGUAAUAAAUCUGAUAAAAUAAACAACCUUAUAUUAUCGAGUGGACAAAAGGAUGUUCGCAGCUUGCCAUCAUCCGGAUCUCGUCACCCCGACGCCGUAAGUGGCGUCGCUGGAUUCGAGCCAAGGCAUCCCGAAGCAGGCCCGAGGCGUGAACAACCGGUUAACAAGUGUCCCGACGAAUCUGGACACGUGCACGGAGCACGUUCGCCAAGACACGUGGCCCUGUUUAGAAAUAUUAUCCUACACGCGCCCGGCUGGCACGUGUCGAUUGUAUCUCGCGAUCCCCGAGACGUGAUCGAGUACGUGUGAAGUGAAGGAGCGACCAGAGAUUCCAGGGACACCACGCAAACCUCAGGGCAUCCCAGGAGACACGGAUAAUCACUCCAAUCAUCUGAUAAUCAAACGAGCCUCAUCAGAAGCGGUUAACGCGAAGACCCAGAUGAUCUGAAACCGCAAUCACGUUUCUCUACGUCUAGUCAGACAAUCUAGUCACACUUCCGUUAAUUAGCGAUUAGAGAUCCAUCCGGUCUCGAUGGGCAGUGGUAAAUUAAAUUGAUUCAAUCACAAAGAUCAGCAAUUAUAAAGAGACCGUAAGAGUGAGCGAUUUCAUCAAAUCCAAGUCAUUCAUCGGUAACGCAUCACCAUGUAUUCGAUGGACAAUCUUGAACGGGACAUGAUGAACCGGCAGUACAUGUACGAGGCGCACACCUUCCUGGGGAACGCAGCAAUCCCAGCAUUUCCGCCGCACUGCGGUGUACCGACCACGGUGACGCUACCGCCGGUAGUGAUCCCGUCGCAGCCACCAGCGCAUCAUCCAUCCGGUAGCACUGGAAGCACCAGCGGCAGCGAGCACUACUUGUACGACGAGAACAGCAGCGACAACGAGAGCGCCUACAGCAGUGAUCAGGAGAAUCACACGAGAGAACGAGGUCGGAGCAACCGACGCAGCGGCGCAUCGGGAAAAUGUCCAAGACAGGUGCAGGUACAGCAACGGCAGGCGGCCAAUAUGAGGGAGCGGAGGCGUAUGCAGAACAUUAACGACGCUUUCGAGGGCCUGCGGGCGCACAUACCCACCUUGCCGUACGAGAAGAGGCUAUCGAAAGUCGACACGCUGAAGCUGGCGAUCGGUUACAUAAACUUCCUCAACGAGCUCGUCAGGGCGGACAAGGGUAACGAUCCUCUCUCCGGCAACAGCGGUCUCUCGAGGUGUUCUAACCGGGAUGAAUCCAAGAAGAUCAUAGUUCGUGGCGGUGGGAAUCCGUUCAUCUCGCACUCGCUCUCGUGGUCGAGGAAGUCGGAUAUCUCGCCGAAUGGCACGAUGUACGCGAAGGUUUGGACGCCAGAGGAUCCGCGAACAUCCAAAAGCGGAACGACGUUAAUCGAGUAAUUUGUGUCUUGCGUCGAGUUUGACUUCGUUCGUGCGACGAAGAGAAGUCUCGGACGCAUUGUUCGGCCAAGAGUGAUGGUCCUGAUCUCGUGUUAUUUAGUGUCUAAGGAAAAACGUUUCUAGUCACUGAUUCUGCGAUUUGUUACUUUUACUCGGUCAUUGAAGUGUCUCCGAUUUUUCGGCGUAAGAUGAUCGCCGAUAGAUCACCAAUGUUUAUUCAUCUCAUCGAAGCCUGUUCAUGAUCGAUUGGAUCGAUCGUUGCGGAAUGUACACGCGUAAAAGAGAGAGAUCUCUUCGUCGAGGAGCCUGUACAUGUGCAUAUCUACAAACGUUCUGCGAAACGCACUUUGUACAUAGGAACUAUCGAAAUAGAUGAAUAAAUUAAUGGGAUAAACACCGUUUAUACGUAAUUACCGCGAGGAAUAACGCGUUGCGAGCGUCAUUAACGCCACUGUGAAUAACAGAGCCAAAUAAACGUAGUUCUUAAAAA